CUCGUUUACCGUGCAGCUACUAGUUUCUGUGUGCAUUUUUGUGUACCUAUACGGUGAGUGCGUAGCAAAGUAAAAAAUUUUAGAUUUAAAAAGUGCGAAUAUUUGUAUAGAAAACGUGGGAAGCCACUCCUAUGUCAAUUGGAGGCUCGACCACAAACCCCAGUGCCAUGGACAUGGAUUUGCGAAUUGAGCGCAUUUCAAGGGGAGAGUUCGGCUUUUCGGGCACAUUCUUCUGGAAUAUUGAUAUGGACGAAAACGUAAUGGUCGAAAUGCGUAUUUUAAGUAGCUACUCUGGCAGAGAAGAUGACUACAAGAUGACUCCUUGGUCCAUUCAACCGCAGAAAUUUACCGAUUACAUCGACACCUUCUACAAGGACAUGCUGAUCCCCAACCUCGGAAAUUGCACAGAUUUGCCAAGAUUCGACUCCGGAUUUGUACCGCCCUGGCCGAAGGGGAACUUCAACUUCACCCGCUGCUCUUGCAAUGGCAACGGAUUGCCGGAAGUUAUGUCAGAGGGAUUCUAUAGAGCCGAAGCCAUUAUCACCGCCCUACCAACCGUUGCACUGAAUGUGUCCGUCGUACUCCGUAUCAAGACCAAAAUGUUCUAAAUUUCGGACAAUUAAAUCGCAAAUCCUCCCUGUCUACUUGCUAUUUGUUUUUAAUUUUGUGCAAUACCGGGGUGUGAGCUGUGAGGAGAUCGUCAUAAAUUUCGACAGACGCGCGGCACC